AACAUGGGUGUGUGACAUCUGUGACGCGACCAAUGAGGCCAAGAAGCAUCCUCCGGAGUAUGCCGUGGACAGCUCGGAGACGUGGUGGCAGAGCCCGCCGCUCUCCCGCGGUAUGAAGUACAACGAAGUCAACCUCACCAUCGACCUCGGACAGGAGUUCCACGUGGCUUACGUAUUCGUGAAGAUGGGCAACUCCCCGCGUCCUGGUCUCUGGGUGCUGGAGAAGUCAACGGAUUACGGGAAGACCUUUAAGCCUUGGCAAUACUUUUCCGACUCGCCUCAGGAUUGUGAACGUUACUUUGGCAAGGAAAGUCUGCAACCCAUUACCAAAGACGACUCCGUCAUCUGCAGCACGGAAUACUCAAAGAUUGUGCCUCUGGAGGGUGGAGAAAUCCCGAUAUCUCUGCUGAACUACCGUCCAUCGGCGAACCAGUACUUCAACUCAUCGGUGCUACAGGAGUGGACAAGAGCCACAAACGUCAGGCUACGACUGCUAAGGACCAAGAACUUAUUGGGGCAUCUCAUGUCCGUCGCCAAUAAAGACCCCACAGUCACACGACGAUACUUCUACAGUAUAAAGGACAUCAGUAUCGGAGGACGUUGCAUGUGCAACGGGCACGCUGACACGUGCGAGCCUGCGGACCCAGCCACGAACACCAACAUUCUGGAAUGUGUGUGCCAGCACAACACCUGCGGCCCACAGUGCGCUGAGUGCUGCCCUGGCUUCGAGCAGAAGAAGUGGAGGAUCUCUCAGCAUUGGGACAGAUUUGUUUGUGAACCUUGUAACUGCCACAACCAUACUACUGAGUGCGAGUACGACCCGGAUAUUGAUGCACAGCACUUGUCCCUGGACAUAUACGGCCGGUAUGAGGGCGGCGGAGUCUGCAAGAACUGCCAGCACAACACUGAGGGCAUCAACUGUAACAAGUGCAAGCCCACCUACUACAGGCCUUAUGGACGUAGCUGGAACGAGACCAAUGUGUGCCACCCCUGUAACUGUGACCUGCACUACUCAACGGGCAACUGUGAAGAGGAGUCAGGGCGUUGUGAAUGCCGGGUUGAGUUCAACCCACCGAACUGUGACUCCUGUGCUUACGGAUACUUCGACUACCCGGACUGCAAGCCUUGUACUUGCAACCUCAAUGGAACAGACGGACAACAGUGCACACCAGUUGAUGGACUUUGUCCAUGUAAAUACAACUAUGCGGGUAAAUCGUGCGAGAUAUGUGCUGAUGGAUACUUUUCACCUGAAUGUAAAAACUGUGAGUGCAACUCCGUGGGCUCGGUGUCGCCGGUGUGCGACAAGACGAGCGGCAACUGCACGUGUAAGAGCAAGUACAGCGGGCGGACCUGCAACCAGUGCGAGGCCGGAUACUACAACUACCCUACUUGCAAACACUGCAAUUGUGACGUAAGUGGCACGGAACCCAGCAUUUGUGAUGACGUCAGCGGCUCGUGCAUCUGUAAAACCGGCUUUGGAGGAGCUCGUUGCGAUCAAUGUCUGUCUGGUUACUACAUGGAGGUGUCGGGUCGCGAGCGGACGUGCGUGCCGUGCGGCUGCGAUCCCACCGGCUCGACCUCCACCAGCUGCUCGGCCUCCGGCAAGUGCAACUGCCUCGCCAACUUCGGCGGCAAGCAGUGCGACCAGUGCUCGCCAGGGUAUUACAAGUAUCCGGAUUGUUUACCGUGUUACUGUGACGUGUCGGGUUCGAUCGGGUCGACGUGUGACGACGCCGGCCAGUGCCACUGCAAGCCGAACUUCGACGGUGCCAAGUGCGACAAGUGCAAGGAGAAGUACUACAACUACCCCGCUUGCGAGGAGUGUAACUGCGAUCCCAGAGGAGUCAUCGCCAGCUUUGCAGGUUGCGGUUCGGUGCCGGCGGGCGAGCUCUGCCAGUGCAAGGACCGCGUGCAGGGCCGCAUCUGUAGCGACUGCAAGCCGCUGUUCUGGAACCUGCAGGAGUACAACCCUUCGGGAUGUGAAGAAUGUAAGUGCUACCUGGCGGGCACGCUGGGCGGGCUGGGCGCGUGCAACACGCGCUCGGGCCAGUGCACGUGCAAGCUGAGCGUGGGCGAGCGCCAGUGCGAUCAGUGCCAGGACGGCUUCUACAAGCUCGACACCAACAACGUCUUCGGAUGUACCGAAUGUGACUGCGACAUCGGCGGCUCGAUCGACAACAACUGCGACAAGCAGACGGGCCAGUGUCGCUGUCACUCGCGCGUGGAAGGCCGCCGCUGCGACCGGCCCAUCCGCGCGCACUACUUCCCCACGCUGCACCAGUUCCAGUUCGAAGUCGAGGAGGGCUACACGCAGUCUGGCCCCGUCCGCUACAGGAACUCCGACGAGGUCUUCCCAGGGUAUUCGUGGAAGGGAUACGUCGUGUUCUCCAUGCUACAGAAUGAAGUGACGAACCGCGUGCAGAUCGGCAAGUCUUCCCUGUACCGCAUGGUGGUGAAGUACGCGAACCCGCUGCAGGACCCCGUGCUCGCCACCAUCGUCAUCACGCCCGACAGCGUCGUCGAUAUACAGCAGAAGUUCAGCGUAGCGCUCCGGCCCACCGCGCGGCCGCAGCUGGUGACCGUGGCGGGAGAGAAGGGCAUCGCCCCGGCGCCGCUCGUCAUGAACCCCGGCAGCUGGAUGAUCACCAUCAAGACCAACAAGGAAGUCAUGAUUGAUUACUUCGUCCUUAUCCCGGAGACAUACUACGAGGCGACGGUGCUGACUAAAAUCGUGGACAAGCCGUGCGUGGUUGGCGACAAGACGCUGUGCCGCGACUUCGCCUAUCCCAGCCUCGCGGGCAGGCCCACCGCUGAUGUUAGUGGGCUUAGCACCUCGGUCACCGGCUACAUCGAUAAUGUUGAGCAACUGAACGAGCUGCAAGCGACAGCGGACUCCAUCCCGAUCCUCACAGCCGACGAGAUCCAGUACAACAUGAAGAUAGACCCGCCCGGGGCUUACAUCCUGCUCAUAGAAUACGUGACGCCGGUCAACCACAGCCUCGCCAACGUUAACGAGGUCGACAGCAACAACGGCUCAUAUUCCUUCGUACCCCGCGGACCUAUCAGCGUGCGUUUCCAGUCGGGAGACGAGCAGGAGACGAACGCGAUUGUGAACCUUAACGACUGUCCGUACAGAGCUCCUUGCAGACAGGCUGUCGUCGAUGAUCUGUCCAAGAUACAAGUGUUUAACAUCCAUGACGCGAAUAAUGUUAUUUAUUUGGUGGGUGAUCGCGACACAUUCGUGGGCAUCAAGUCCAUAGUGGCCAUACCGGAAGCGGACUGGAGCCUGGACUACAUCACGCCGCGCCCGUACUGCCUCCGACGUAACGGGAAGUGCGAGCCCGCUGUCUUCGCCGCCGCCGUCGACUCUAAGAAGGUGGAAGCCGAGUCCGGUACGGGUGGAGACCGGGACACGGUCCUGCCGAACCUGGACAACUCGACCUCCCCCACCGUGGUGUACUUAGCACCGGGCACUGAGCCGCUGCGGGUGGAGGGCAAGGUGCUCACCACCGGGGACUACAUGGUCCUCGUGCACUACUACCAACCCGUCAACCCUGAGAGCAGUAUCGACGCGGUGAUAAAGACAGAAGGCCAGCAGUUCGAGACCAGCGUGCCCGUCGAGCACUGCCCCUCCAUCACCGGCUGCCGCGCGCUGCUGCGACAGCCCGACGGCAACCAGCACUUCUCUAUAGCCGACACCUUCAACAUCACCUUCUAUGGCAACAACAGCAAGGGUCUCUGGAUCGACUACAUCCUAGUGGUAGCGUCGCCCGACUUCGUGGACAGCGCUCUGACCGAGGCCAACACCGUCGACUACACACGCGAGUUCAUCGAGAAGUGCGCCAACAACCACUACCAGAUCAACACCACGGAAACUGGUUUCUGCCACGACGCGAUGUUCUCGAUCACCGCGGAGUACAACAGCGGCGCGCUGGCGUGCAACUGCGACUUCCAGGGCUCCACCGAGCUGGAGUGCGACACGUCCGGCGGCCAGUGCCCCUGCAAGCCCAACGUCAUCGGCAGGGCCUGCAGCGCCUGCAGGACCGGCUACUAUGGCUUCCCCAACUGCAGGCCUUGCCACUGCCCCUCUACUGCCAUCUGUGAUGAUAAUGGUAUGUGCAUCUGCCCGAAGAACGUGGAAGGCGAGAACUGUGACCGCUGCAAGCCGUAUACGUUCAACUUCGAUGUGCAACGCGGCUGUGACGACUGCAACUGCAACCCGCUCGGAGUGAUCGACAACCAGUUGCAGUGCGAGGCCGAUAACGGAAACUGCGCUUGUCGCGACAACGUGGUUGGUCGUACGUGCGACCACUGCGUGCCGGGCCACUACGCGUUCCCCGAGUGCGUGCAGUGCACGUGCGACAGAGACGGCACUACCGACGACGUCUGCGACCAGAACACCGCGCAGUGCUACUGCAAGCGAUACGUUACCGGACAGGCUUGUGACGUGUGCCGCGACGAGUACUUCAACUUGCAAGCAUCGAACCCGGAGGGCUGCACCAAGUGCUACUGCUUCGGCAAGACCACGCGCUGUACCAGCUCCUACCUGUACUGGGCUACGAUCGUGGGCAUGGGUGACUGGUACCUGGUGAACGUGGACGCGAACCGCACGCUAAGCAUAACGCCGCGCACGCUCGGCCCCGCCAUGAUCAACGACUCGAUGAUCACCGCCGACCUCGUGGGCGACGACAGCGGACAGAAAGUCGUCUAUUUUGGAGCUCCCGAUCAUUAUCUUGGCCAACGACUGACGUCAUACGGAGGUUACCUGACUUACUACAUUCAGUACUCGACGGGUCCCAACGGACGCGCCAUCGCCGCUGCUGACGUCAUCAUCGGUGGAGCUGAUGGAUACCUAGUCCACAACAGCGUAGAGCAGCCAGCGUCGGACGUGUUAUGGACGCACGCCGUCCGCAUGUCCGAGGACGAGUUCAGCACUGCGGACGGUUCGCCCGUCACUCGAGAACAGUUCAUGAACACGCUCGUCAACAUCACCAGCAUCUACAUCAGAGCUACGUACUGGGACACCUCUGUAGCUACCAGUCUAUUGGCAGUAUCGCUGGAGAUCGGCGACGACGACUACGAGUACGAAGACUACGCGCGUCGCGCGGCCUCUGUCGAGGUGUGCCAGUGCCCGAAGGCGUAUCGCGGUCUCUCGUGCGAGCUCUGCGCGGAGGGCUACUACCGGCUGCCCUCCGGCUUCUGCGUGCCCUGCCAGUGCAACGGACACUCGCGCGAGUGCGACGUCAACACUGGCGUCUGUCUCGAGUGUACGGACAACACGAUGGGCGACCACUGCGAGCAGUGUAUCCCCGGUUACCAUGGCGACGCGCUCGCCGGCACCCCGCGUGACUGUCUCAUCUGCGCCUGUCCCAUGCCUUACGUCUCUAACAAUUUCGCUACGGGCUGCGACCUGAGCGACAACGGUGAGCUGAUCUCGUGCCAGUGCAAGCCCGGCUACGGCGGAGCUCGCUGCGAGUUCUGCGCUGCCGGCUACUACGGCGUGCCAGAACAGAUCGGUGACUACUGCAAGCCGUGCAACUGCUCGGGCAACAUCAACGUGAACGACCCGAGCUCGUGCGACAGCAUCACGGGCGACUGCCUCAAGUGCGUGAACAACACCGCCGGCACCGCCUGCAACCUCUGCGCGCCCGGCUUCUACGGAGAUGCUAUAUUCACCAAGAACUGCACAGCGUGUAGCUGCGACGAGUUCGGCAUGGAGCGGUGCGACCCGUCGACGGGCACGUGCGUGUGUCGCGCGGGCGUGGUGGGCGAGCGCUGCGACCGCUGCGCGCCCGACCACUGGGGGCUGAGCAGCGGCCGCGGCUGCGAGCCCUGCGCCUGCGGGCUGGCCUCCGAGGCCGCGCAGUGCGACCUCAACACCGGACAGUGCAAUUGUUCUAAGGGAGUGACGGGCAAACACUGUGACCAAUGCGCGGCUGGAUACUGGAACUACACUAAGGAGGGGUGCGACCACUGUAACUGCAACACCGGCUACUCGCUCGGGUUCACGUGCAACGCGCUCGGCCAGUGCGAGUGCCUGCCCGGCGUCAUCGGCGAGAAGUGCGACCGGUGUCCGGAGAGAUGGGUCCUCCUGCCGAACGAGGGUUGCCUCGAGUGCGACUCCUGCACGGACGCCUUGCUCAUCACCAUCGAAGACAUGACCGAACUACUUGCUAACGAGACCAAGGAUUUCAAGGACAAGGCAGACUCGUUCUUCACGACGCAGCGUCUGAACUACAUCUCGAACCAGACGAAGCUGCUGCGCCCGAAAGUGGCCGAGCUGAAGACCGUCGACGUGGCUGACGUCACCAGCGCCGUCAAGAACCUCGAGACCAACGCCAAGAACCUGCUCAGAUCUGCUGAAUUCGCGGCAACAGACAGCGACAAGCAGAUCACUCGCGCGGCUGACAUCGCUGCCGACGCCGCGAAGACCUUGGACUCGGUGAGGGACAGCAGCCAGAAGGCCAAGGCCGUCGUCACCCAUGUGUCCGAGUUGGCCACUGGUCUCGAGCUCAGCCAGCAACCGAAGGUAGACAGCGCGUUGGCUGAAGCGAGGCAGAUCAAGGACGAUAUUGCUGAAAAGGACCUGGCUCCAAAGAAGCUGCAAGCGGAAGGCGCUUUCGCGAACGCCACCAAACAGAUAGAACGCAUGAACGUCUUCGUGGAGCCUGUCAACGAACAAGCAAAGAAAUUCCACACGCUUGUGAACGACACGCGCGACCUCAAAGCCAAGCUGGACGAGAUGCUGCAGUACACCGACCUCGCGCAACACACCGCCGACAGCGCCGACCAACUCAACGCUAAGAACAGACAAUCGAAAUUCGGCAACAAAGUGACAUCUGUGACGAAACUAAACACGGCGGCCAUGAAGGAUCUGAUCGACGCCGGCUACGACAUCGGCAACGGCACGUUCCACACGCUGGUGGCCGGCACCAUCGUCGUCAACUCCACCGCCGCUCUUGAAGCUAUCGGGAAGGCCAACCAGGAACUCAUAGACAGGCUCGACGAGUUGGAGAACACGCUGCCCGAGCUCUUCAACCUGACCGAAGUGGCUGGACAGCAUACUUCCAUGCUGAGGUAUAGGGCGGACAACCUGCGCGACCUCGCCGAGCGCGAGAACAACAACUCUCGCACGCAACACGCGUACACCGCGGCCUCGGCGUACUCCUCCAUCGUGACGGAGAUCGGCGACGGAAAGAAGGCUGCCGACGACGCCGAACAAGCCGUCAGGAACAUCACAGACCUGACCAACGAGUUGAACAACCGCGUGGUACCGGCGCGCGACCGCUCCAGGAGUCUCCUAGAAGCGGCCGCUAAAGCACAGAACAUCGUGGACCAGUCGCUCAGCCCCAACCUCACGCAGGCGCAAGCCAAGCUCGAGCACGCCAUCAAGACCAUGGGAUCAGCUGAUGACGACAACAAUGCUAUACAACUAUCGCUACCUCAGCAGAAGCCGGGUCUGUCGUUAGACGACGAGAUCGCGGCGGCGGACCGCGUCAACAGCACGGUGAGGAACACUCUGGACAUCAUGUCGCAGCUGGGCGCCGACCUCGCCGCCAGCAAGGACUGGGCGCAGUCGCUGCCCAAGCUGGCCGACGAGGCGCAGAAGAUGAACUCCACUGUCGAGAGCCUGGUGAAAGAUAUUGAAAAGCUGAACCCGAGCAUCACGCAGACGUACGAAACGGUGAAGACGCGCCAGGACGACCUCGAGCACCGCCGCAAGGAGGCCGACGAGAAACUACUCAAGCUGAAGGAACUCAUCGAACAGGCCCGCACCGUAGCUAACCGCAUCCAAGUGGGCGUGACGUUCGACCGUCACACGACGCUGCAACCGCGCCUGCCCGACACCAUCGACGAGAUGUCCACCUCCACGCGGGUCUCCGUCUUCUUCAAGACCAAGGAGAAGGACGGCCUCAUCCUCUACCUCGGAAACCCCAAGGACACCAUGCUCCGCCGGACCAAGUCUGAUGAUUUCAUGGUGAUAGGCGUUCAGAACGGCUACCCGUACUUGACGAUGGACAUCGGCGACAGCGCGGACUCGGGCCGCGAGCCGGCGCGCAUCGGCAGCGACAAGUACGUCGCUGACAACCGCUGGUACCAGGUCAUCGUCGACAGGGUCGGUCGCAACGUGAAGCUCUCGAUCCGCGAGAACCAGGACAACGGCUCAGCGGACGUCGUGCACCCUAAGGAGGCCGUCUUACCCGGCCAGCACACGAUCUUCAACCUGGACAAGCAGAAGUCUAAGUUGUACGUGGGCGGGGCGCCCUCAGACGCCAAGCUGCAGGGCGUCAGCUUCCCCGCCUUCGAAGGACAGAUCGAGGAGCUCAUGAUCGGAGACACGCCUGUGGGACUGUGGAACUUUGUCAAGGCUGAGAACUUGAAGGGUGCGCGCCAGAGGGACAAGUUGAUACCCCCGCACACGGGUCCCCAGGAGUACCGGUUCAACGGUAGGUCUCACGUGACGAUGCCCGGCCGAGGUUACCUCACCCCUCAGAAGAACCAGAUCCUGCUGUUCUUCAGGACGUACGCACCCAACGGUCUCAUAUACCUGGUGGGAGAAGGAAAGCACUUCUUCUCAAUACAGAUGCAAGAUGGAAGGGUGUUCCUGCAGGUAUCCCUGGGCAACCCCGACGACCUUCUAAUCAUCGGCACAGCGAACUCGUACAACGACGGCAAGUGGCACAGGCUGGACGCCGCACGUAUCCUCAAUAAAUGCUCACUUAAAGUCGACAGAGAGAUCAUCAAAAUGGACUCCGCUGCAACCGAGGACUCUAUCACUGCCUUAGACACUAUGAACUUCGGUGGAAACAACAAGGGCAUCCUCGAAGUGACGAAGGAAGGCUUCGACGGCUGCAUCAGACAGAUCAGCAUGGACGGCGUCAAUAUAGACCUGAGCGAGAAUUUGGAGUCCAUCGGAGUCGCUUAUGGGUGUCAGUUCGCGUCACUAGUGUCGUUAUCAGGCAAGGGCAGCUACCUGCGCUACGUGGAGAGUACUGCCGGCAACCUGCAGCUGACGCUCAAGUUCAAGACCUCUCGCCCUGACGGCCGGCUGUUCCUUUACGUCACGAAGACGCAGACCACCGCCAUGCCCGACAGCAUCUCGCUCUCGCUUAUUAAUGGUAAGCUGGUUCUGAUGAGUCAGCGCGAGCAGCUGGACACUGGACUGAGCACUUACAACGACUCGCAGUGGCACGUCGUCACCGUCACGCACAACAACAACGCGCUCAGACUCGCCGUCGACGACUUCGACCACUUCAGUACGGACACGGCCCCCGCGCCGCUGCACAUCGUGGACGGCGUGCUGUUCAUCGGCGGCGUGCAGCCGGGCUACGUGGUGGGCGGGCGCGUGGGCACCCGCACUCCCUUCAGCGGCUGCAUCGCCGACGCCAGCGUCAACGGCCGCGUGCUCAACCUGCUCGAGCCCUUCAGCAACAGCAGCAUCGUGUUCGGCCGCUGCGGGACUACCACCACCACAGGCGGACUCAGCCCAGAUCAAGCACAAUGGGCAGCCACACCGCCCACAGACGUGCUGCCCACUCCUGGGCUCCCACCCGCAGCCAGCGAAGCGCCACCUAAAGAAGGUGACGAGGAUUUGUUCAGCGCGAUCCUGCCGGUGCCACCCGCGGAGGCGAGCACGCCGGCGCCGCAGCCGCCCACAGAGGCCGCCACCACGCCCCGCGCCACCACCACCACAGCGCCACCGCCCACCACCACGCGCCGCCCGCCGCCCAAGCCCGAGCCCGGCUGCGCGCUCGCCUACGACCCCUACUACACCCUGGGAGAUCCUGAUAUAGGAUACAGAUUCGGUACUCGCAACGACAGCCGCAUCGAGUACGGCAAGCUCCCGGGCCGGCAGCUGCAGGGCUUCGACCUCACGGUGGGGCUGCGCACGUUCGACCAGCACGGCGGCCUCGUGUUCUACGCCGCCGCCGACAAGGACCCGCAGCAGUUCCUCGCCUUCUAUAUGAAGGAUGCCAGGCUGCACAUGAGGUUCAACUGCGGCGGCGAGACGGCGCUCAUAUCGUCCAGUCAGACGUACAACGACACGGAGUGGCACGCGGUCACGCUGACCCGCAGUGGCGGCCACGGCAAGCUGGCCGUGGACGGCGACCUGGUCGGGGAGACCAGCGUGUUAUGCAACGCGCCCGCACUACUCACUUCACCCUUCUACUACGGCGGGGGCCUCAGGGACCUCAACCCCGUCAUCUCCAAUAACCUCAUGGGCUUCUACCAGCCGUUCAAGGGCUGCCUACAGGGCCUGCAGAUGAACGGGCAGCGCGUGACGGACGUGACCACCCGCGUCAACUCGCUGCGCUGCGUCGACAACGUCGAGGAGGGCGUCUACUUCGGCGCCUCCAGCAACCAGCAGAGCAACUACUUGAAGCUGCUGGAGAACUUCAAAGUAGGCGACGAGGUUUCCAUCGCGAUGGAGAUCCGUCCGCGGAACAGCACGGGGCUGCUGCUGAGCGUGCACGGCAAGAAGGACUACCUGGUGCUGGAGCUGCUGGAGAACGAGGUCGUGGCCACCGUCGAGAACGGGAACGGGCCCUUCCGCGCCAGCUACUCGCUCGGCAACAAGUACUCGCUGUGCGACGGCAACUGGCACAAGAUACACGUGGUGAAGUCGGUGUACGUGGUGUCGGUGGGCGUGGACGGGCACUUCUCGAAGCCGGGCCUGGGCGCGUACUCGUCGACGGACACGCGGUCCGCGCUGUACGUGGGCGGGCACGAGCGGCCGCUGCACAAGCUGCGCGGCGUGAGGGCGCGGCGUGGCUUCUCCGGCUGCCUGCGGAACCUGCUCAUCGGGGACUCGCCGGUGCGCGUGCCGCUCACGGCCGCCGGCCGCAACACACACGUCGGCGUCUGCCCCGCUGACUAACUUACUCGUACUUACAACAGAUACUCAACUUAACUUCAUAAUAUAUAUAAUUUUUCUAACUAUAUUUUAUUAGAACAAUUUAUUCUGUCAAUAAUCUGCUAUAUCCAGUUUUCAUUUUUGAGUUAUAUAAGUAUCAAUUCAAUUAAAAAUUGUGUAUGUCUUAUAAAAUAUAGCUGAAGCAUAUCUAUGUACGUAAUCAUAUUGUCGUAUUAGUUAAAAACAAUUUUUACGUUUUAUCCAAAUAUUUUUUGUUUACUGUGUUCGUUAAGAAACAAUAGUUAGUUGAACAUGUUACAGCUAUGAAAUUUACACAGUCUUAAAAAAUCUCUUUCAAUCUUCAGUAUUUCCGAGAUUAUGUAUGUAUAAGCAUUUAUAUAACUAUGUGCAUUUUAAUUUGACAACAAACCUCAACAACUUUUACACAACCUUUGUACUUUGUAUUUUAUGUUGUUCAUUAUAUAUUAUAUCAAUAAAACUCA